AUGAAGGCGGUGGUCGUGCUGGUUGCAUCGUUGGCGGUGGUUGUCUCGGGGCAGGAGGUGGACCUCGAUCUCUCCCGCGGGCCCGCCGACGCAGACAGCAGCAUCCAGCUUGACUCCCGAGGGGGCGUUGCGAUCUUCCAGGGGGCUUUCCCGAAGGAGGGUCUUCUGGCCGUCCACGAGAGGCUGACGGAGAGCUAUGAGAACGAGGCAGAAGAAGCGAGAAGGAUCUUCGAUGAGACACUAGAACCGGUAGAGCAGGUGUCGCCCUACCAGUGGGCAUACGAGGUCCACGCAGCGUCCACGGGCGAUCAGAAGAGCCAGGUGGAGCGCCGCGAGGAGGACGGGGUGGUGCGAGGCUCCUACUCCCUGGUGGAACCCGACGGCUCCCGCAGGACCGUCACCUACGUUGCCCAUCCCGAAGAGGGCUUCCAAGCAACCGUGGAAACUGAGCCCAGCGCGCAGGGCCUUUCCCUCCAGAACCCCGUUUCAGACGCAUCGCAGAAUUCCUUCCAUGUUGCCCCGACGCAACAGCAAGGCUAUUCUGUUUCUCAGUACCAUGGCGGCAACCGGCACCUGGGACACCUGCAGCAGAUUAAUAACAGGCAACAGCAGCUUGGUAACCAAAGAGAGUUCUCAAACUUAUUCCAACAGCAACAGUUCAACGGAUUCGGUAAACAAGAAUUGAUAUACAAUGCACAGCAGCAGCAAAACUACGGCAGAUUGCACUUGCAGUCCCCAAGGCAGCCUCCGUUUAUUAACCAGGUGCAAUAUGCAAAUCAAGGACAAGGGCUGCUCAAUAAUCAGAACCAAUACUUACUGCAGCAACAACAGUUAAGGCAGCAGCAACAGCUUCUGAAUCAGCAAAGGCAGCAACAACAACAACAGUUUCUGAACCAGCAAAGGCUGCAACAACAACAACAGUUUCUGAAUCAGCAACGGCUACAGCAACAGCAACAGUUCCUGAGUCAACAACGACUGCAACAGCAGCAGCAAUAUAACCAACAACUGCAACAGCAGUAUGAAAGACGCAGGUCACAGAUAAUCAAACUGCAGCCAAAGGUCGGUACACUUCCCCCGAUAUUCGGUCACCAGCAUCAGCAUGGCGGACAGCAGCAGCACUUCUCACAACAGCAACAGCAAUACUUUACACAGCAGCGACAGCCAUUCAUCGGACAGCAGCCGAGAUUCAGGUCUCAUCAGGCCGCUGCUUCGAGUUCAGCACAAAGUGAACAGCCUCUCCAGGGCUCGGAUAAUGGCCCAGUGGAAUACGCCGUGGUGCCUGUCACGCUCCACCGUAUUGAUCAGUAACUUCUGCUUCCCUCUCGUUCUGUUCCGUAUUUUCCGUAUUCCCGGUCUCUUCUGUGGCAAUCGGAACGAGAAUCCAAAAGCUAAGGUACGAAAACGAUUUGUCGGCGCACACGUGACCAGUAGGUCGCCUUUUUUGUCCAGCAUGAUGAAAAAAAUGGUUAUAAAAAGUGGUUAUCAGGG